CCACACCCAUUUGGUUUCCUAAUCAUCCUCGUUCCAAUGACAAAUGCAAUGCGGGCGAUUGCUGCAAUCGCAGCAGGAGUGGGUUCAGUGGCCGCCACGGUCGCAACCAGCACCACCAGUUCCAUCAGCAGCAGCACCACCAUCAUCAACACCAGUAGCGCCACCACCAUCGGCGGGAAUCACACCAGUGGGAGCACCGGAUUCUCCACAAAUUCCACGCUGCUGGACGCCGAUCAUCUGCCGCUGCAGCUCACGACCGCCAAGGUGGACCUGGACAUUGAAAUCGACAUCCAACUGCUGACAAAUGGCUACGAUGGCACAACGUUGACAUCGUUCUACAAUGAGAGCAGCUGGACAAAUGCGUCUGAAAUGGAUACAAUAGUUGGUGAGGAACCGGAGCCGCUGUCACUUGUGUCAAUUGUAGUUGUUGGCAUCUUCCUAUCGGUGCUGAUAUUCCUUUCGGUGGCCGGAAACAUCCUGGUGUGCCUGGCCAUCUACACGGAGCGCAGCCUGCGCCGGAUCGGCAAUCUGUUCCUGGCCUCGUUAGCGAUUGCGGAUCUCUUUGUGGCCUCGCUGGUGAUGACCUUCGCCGGUGUCAACGAUUUGCUGGGAUAUUGGAUCUUUGGAGCGCAAUUUUGUGAUACUUGGGUGGCCUUUGAUGUCAUGUGCUCGACGGCGUCAAUUCUGAACCUGUGCGCCAUCUCGAUGGACCGCUACAUUCACAUCAAGGAUCCGCUCAGAUACGGCCGCUGGGUGACACGACGCGUGGCUGUCAUCACCAUCGCCGCCAUUUGGCUGCUGGCCGCGUUCGUCUCCUUUGUGCCCAUCUCACUGGGCAUCCAUCGGCCCGACCAGCCGCUGAUUUUCGAGGACAAUGGCAAAAAGUAUCCAACAUGCGCCCUGGACCUCACGCCCACCUACGCCGUCGUGUCCAGCUGUAUCAGUUUCUACUUCCCCUGCGUGGUCAUGAUUGGCAUCUACUGUCGGCUAUACUGCUAUGCCCAGAAGCACGUGAAGUCCAUCAAGGCGGUAACUCGACCAGGUGAGGUGGCCGAGAAGCAGCGGUACAAGAGCAUCCGACGCCCGAAGAACCAGCCCAAGAAGUUCAAGGUGCGCAACCUGCACACCCACAGUUCGCCGUAUCACGUAUCCGACCACAAGGCGGCCGUCACGGUAGGCGUGAUCAUGGGCGUGUUCCUCAUCUGCUGGGUGCCCUUCUUCUGCGUCAACAUCACGGCCGCCUUCUGCAAGACCUGCAUCGGCGGACAGACCUUCAAGAUCCUCACCUGGCUGGGCUACUCGAACUCGGCCUUCAAUCCGAUCAUCUACUCGAUCUUCAACAAGGAGUUCCGCGACGCCUUCAAGCGCAUCCUUACCAUGCGUAAUCCGUGGUGCUGUGCCCAGGAUGUGGGCAACAUUCAUCCGCGGAACAGCGAUCGCUUCAUCACGGACUAUGCCGCCAAGAAUGUGGUGGUGAUGAACUCGGGCCGCUCGAGCGCCGAACUGGAGCAGGUGUCUGCGAUUUGA